AUGUCAGCCCCAGUCAUCGUGUACGGCGAGUGCAUGAAUACGUUUGAACGAGUGGACAGUAAUCUGGUCACAGAUUACCUCCUAAAGAGAGGUUAUAAACGCACUGAAGAGAUCUUCCGCCAAGAGGUUGCCAACCUUGAGACAAACGGCAGUCGAGCUGUUCAGAAUGAAAAGUUAGAUGGUACAAAGUACAAGCGCGCCUUCCUGCACCUCGAGAAAUGGGUGGAGAACUCACUCGACCUUUACAAGUUUGAGCUUGCAAAAGUCCUGUGGCCUGUAUUCGUUUACUCUUACCUCGAACUCGUGUUCAAAGGCUACCUCAGAGACAGCAAGCAGUUCAUGGAUGAUCUUCGAGGCCGUUUCGAGAAUCUUCAUGCCGAUGGAUUGAAGGAGCUAGCCCUCAUCACGCUUCCCGCCCACAUCAAGGAUAACUAUAUGGCAACCUUGUACCUCGAGAACAAGUAUCGUAUCCCCUUGAAUCAGUUCGUGACUGGGACCUUAUUCAACUUCCUGGAGAGGGACAAGGACCAAGGUGGCGAUCUUGUCCAGCAGAUACUAAACGACCGUUGUCAGGUGGAUGCAGUCGAACGUGGGCCUAUUGAACCAUUCAGCUUUGAGGCCAUCUAUCGACGAGCUCGAAACCUCGAGCUAGAUGACAUCGAUGCCCAAGAAGGCAUCCCGGGAACAGUCACCAGAACAGGUGUCUCCAAUCGAGAAGUACUCGACAACGCUGCAGCCUUAAAACUUGGGCCACUGCCAAUUGAUCCCGACCUGCGAGCUGAUGUUUUGGCAGAGCUUGAAGAGGAGGACAAAAUCAACCCAACACGCGACGGAACGCGUACUCUUGUGGACGAGUUCAACGAUAUACAUUCCAUUAAGAAGGAAUCUGCUGAUUCGCCCCAACGAACCGAUAUACCCUAUCCACCUUCACGCGCCAGAGAUGUCGUCAUGGAGAUUCAAAAGGUGCGCGAGAAUCGCGACCGCUUCAGAAUUGAAGGUCGCACUGGCGGUGUUGGCCCCAGCGUCUCGGUUUGCAUGUUCACCAUCCACAAUGCUCAAGGAAGUGUUUCCUGCAUGGACUUCUCCAAGGAUAACCAACUUGUCGCCGUCGGCACUACUGACUCCUACAUCCGCGUCUGGUCUCUCGAUGGCAAGCCACUUCAAUCUCGAUUGCCGGCGGAGAAAGACCUGAAGGUCAAUAAUCGCAAGCUGAUCGGCCACUCUGGUCCUGUCUACAGCGUCGCCUUCUCGGAUUCAAUCACCAAUCUGGAUCAUAACAUCUACGAAGAUGGUCCGCAGCCUGAGACAGACGCCAAGCUUCUCAUAUCCUGCUCGGCUGAUGGCCAAGUCCGGCUCUGGUCUCUCGAGGUCUGGUCCUGUCUUUGCAUCUAUAAGGGCCACGAUGGUCCUGUCUUCAACCUUUCCUGGGGCCCCCAUGGUCACUACUUUGCGAGCGGCGGUUGGGAUAAGACAGUUCGCAUCUGGUCGCAAGAUCACGCAUCAGCGCAGCGUCUCCUCGUCGGACACGAUACCUCUAUCUCAGCACUGACUUGGCACUCGAACGGCACAUAUGUCUUCUCGGCUUCUGAUGAAGCCGACAAAUCAAUCCGCAUGUGGUCCGUCGCGAGCGGCAAAUGUGUUCGUGUUUUCACUGGCCACGUUGACUCGAUCACCGCACUUGAGUGCGCCCCCAAUGGCAAAAUCUUGGCGUCCGCUGAUGUAGGCGGCAAUAUCUUCCUCUGGGACAUUGCCAAGGCUGUGCGUAUCAAGCGCUGUCGUGGCCAUGGCCGCGGUGGCAUCUGGUCACUUGGCUUCAGCGUCGAGAGCAACGUUCUUGUCUCCGGCGGUCACGAUAACACUGUCCGCGUGUGGGAUGUUGAGAUGCCAGCCGAGGGUGCAGCCCGUGCUGCUGCACAGGUCGAAGGGGGCGAUAGUACAAUUGUUGCGGCUGCUACGGGAGCUGGAGGAGCGGACGGAAAGGCUGCAAGUACCGUUGCUCAAGGGGUCACUGGUGGUGCUGGCUCCACCGGAAGUGGCACCGGCAAGAAGAAGGGAAAGGAGGUCAUGAUCACACCCGACCAAAUCAGCGCAUUCCCGACCAAACGAACGUCGGUGCUCAAGGUCCAGUUUACAAGAAUGAAUUUGGUAAUGGCUGGUGGCUGUUACGAGCCAGAGCGUUAG